UGCUCCUCGCGUGCCUGAAGUCAAGGGCUGCGUGGGAACCGAGAGGGAGAGAGAGCGUCGUUUUUCUCUGCUUGGCAGCCGCCAUGAAGCCGAGGAGAAAUAAAAAGAGAGUUCCAAGUUUUCGGAAGUUAUUGAAAACAAGUAAAAUAAAACUUGAAAACAAGUUAAAAAAUAAGCAAUUCAAACAAGAGAGCGCUGUCAAGAAAUAUAGAAAAGAACAAAGGAAACUCAGACAAGCUGUGAAAGAUGCUGUAUCUCGGAGGCCGGUCCCUUUGGAAGAUCACAGAAAACCUCCAAAGAGGAUGGAGAAAAAGGAAGAGGAAGAGGAAGAGGCACUUCCUCUAGAUAUGAUGGAUGAAGAUGAUCUGAAAUUAAUGGAAGAGUUGGCUCAAAAGGCAUCUUUUAUAACAAGAGACUUAUCUUCCAGUGAACCAGUUCACGCCAAGAAACGCAAGAAUGAAAGUGUGAUGGACAAAUACGAGAAGGUGCCGAGGCGCCUGCAGUCGGAACCUGAAAAGGAACUGAUUCAUCUGCUUCCAAUCAAAGAUAAGCAUGGAAUUAUUCCACAGACCAUAGAAAAGCCAGUUAUAAGUGCUGAAGAGGAAACAGAAGAGAAAGAAGAAGUGGUUGAAGAAGAGGAAGUGACGGAAGCUCUUGAAGACCCCUUAUCUGGUCUUACUGUUGAAGAAUUAUUAGUCCAUAGGAAAAAAAAGCUACAGGAGAAGAAGAUGCAGAUAGCUGCUUUAGCAUCUGCAAUUUUGUCUGAUCCAGAAAAUACUGUAAAGAAACUCAAAGAGUUGCGUGCAAUGUUGAUGGAACAGGAUCCCAACGUGGCUGUGAUCGUGCGGAAAUUGGUGAUGGUUUCUUUGAUGGAGCUCUUCAAAGAUAUUACUCCAUCCUACAAAAUCAGACCUUUGACAGAAAGAGAGAAAAACACGAAGGUUAAAAAAGAAACUCAGAAAUUGAGAGAAUUUGAAGAAGUCCUUGUGAGCCAAUACAAGUUUUAUUUAGAAAAUCUGGAACAAUGUAUAAAAGAUUGGAAGCAAAGGAAGCUGAAGAAAAGCAACGUGAUUUCAGUGAAGGCGUACAAAGGCCUCGCCGAGAUCGCCGUGAAGUGCCUUUGUGAGCUCCUGGUGGCCCUGCCUCAUUUCAACUUCCACAAUAACAUCAUUGCACUGCUUGUACCACUUAUGAACGAUGAUUCGAAAAAGGCCAUGAGAGAGGGUAACGUCUGGAUUUCUGGGGGUAGCUGA